AUGGCCGCCGAUGUAGUUUCUCCAUAUCCUUUCACCGUGCAGGAUGCUCAAACCGUGUCACAUGCGUUCUACAUUCAUCCGAAUGAGAGCCCGUCGACGGUUCUUGUAUCGCCACCGCUAUCGGAAGGAAAUUACCACAACUGGGCGCGCGCUAUGAGGAUGAGCCUCAUGACGAAGAACAAGCUAGGGUUCAUUGAUGGUUCGAUCGUGGAGCCUCCUCUGAAUCACCCAAUUUAUCCAUUCUGGCAACGAGGUAACAUGAUGGUCUUAUCUUGGAUCAUCAAAUCCAUUUCCCCUGAAAUUGCACAAUCUGUUCUCUGGCGUGACAAAGCUACCGAUGUAUGGAAUGAAUUGCGCGAGAGGUUUUCUCAAGCAGAUUUGUUUCGAAUUUCUGAGAUCCAAGAAGAAAUAUUUGGAUUACGUCAAGGGGAUAGCUCAAUUUCAAAAUUCUACACCUCGAUGAAGACACUCUGGGAUGAAUUGGACAUCCUCAAUCCUCUUCCGGUAUGUACUUGCAAUCCAUCAUGUUCUUGUGGAGCUCUUAGGAAGAUUGGUGAAGAGCGCAAUAAAAAUCAGGUUGUUCGAUUCUUGCGUGGUCUAAAUGAUCAAUAUUCUGGUGUUCGUUCUCAGUUGAUGCUUCUUGAUUCCCUUCCGAAUGUCAAUCGCGUUUUUGCCAUGAUAGCUCAGCAGGAAAGGCAAUUUGUUACAGAGAAUGUUGCAGGUGCUAAUGCCAUGAUGGCUUCUAAGGAAACUACCAUGAGCAAGCCUAAUUCUUCUAGUACUUCUGGAUCUGCUGGCAAUUCUGGAAGGUACAACUCUAAGAAGUGUACACAUUGUGGGAAGAUGGGUCAUACCAUUGAGGAAUGCUACAGAAAGCAUGGGUUUCCUCCAGGGUACAAGUCCAGGAAGUAUCCUCCUAAAUCUGCUAAUUGUGUCCAUGUCAAUGAGAACGAUCCAGCUGCAGAUCCUCAAGAUCAACCUUGCAAAUUUGGGUUCACACAAGAUCAGUACAACACUUUGCUAGCUCUCUUGCCUUCUCAGGAUUCCCAAACAGCCAGUGUGAAUGCUUGUUCCAAGAUUGCCAUCACCACCAAGAAUGGAUUCCAAUGCUUGGAAGAUGAUUGGCACAGCUAAGGCAAUUAGAGGGUUGUACAUCUUCAGAAAUCAAGCCAGUGCUCCCAUCAUUGAUGCCCACCUUGCUUCGGUCAAGUCUUCCAACUCUAUCCAUAAAUC